GACAAGUCUACACGUCAGUCUCUGAGGCUGCGGAGAACGAAGGAUUGCUGUAUGUGGCAUCACAGGGCGCUUACUUCACAGGGCGCAUUGUCCUGCCCCAGGGAGAUGGUCGAGUGGUCACCAUUGACAGUGUCAUCCAGGUGAUGAGAAGCCGAUGCCAAAUCCCUGAAGACAAACUAGACCAAGCCAGAGCAGUUCUGAAUAGCUACAUCGAGAAACAGACAGGAUCUCCAGCCAUUGGCACGCCGGGCACAAACACUUCCAGAAUCGAGUUUACAACAACAAACAGACCCCAGACUACUGCUGCCCCUUUCUUGCAGCCAGGGCUGGCUGGAGCCACAACCACCCGCCAGGCUGGAGCAGUCAACCCUUUUAGUGCUCUAUUCAACUAG